AUGGAGACAUUCAAAACAAUAGAAGCAAUAGUCACACACAAAUCUAUUUUUCUUCAAAUAUCUCCGGCGGCCAUCUCCCGCAACUCCGGCGAGAUCGGCCAUCUCCGGCGAAAUAGGUUAUCAAAUCCGACGAGACCAAACGAUUUCUCCUAUGAACGUGAUGAGCUCUCUCGACCAGUAUUACCGCGUCGAACUCCCUCGUUUUCUUCACGAGAGAGACCCUAUGCGAGACUCCUCGUUGUUGGUUCCGCCGUAUGCGGUGGUUCCGGCGCCGCCUUUAUUGCUUCCUCCGAAGACCCAUCCAAAACUCUCAAGCUCUGCACCAACAUCCCUGUCCGCCUCUUCCGCAACACCGUAACCGCCGCCUCCAUGCUUUCGGCGGAAAGGAGGAGUUGCUUGUCCAAAGAGGCUAAAGAUGGGCUAGAAUAUCUGAAAUGUAAAAGGCUUCAAACAACUAGAUCAGACUCUAUCAAUGAAACAGUGGACUUCAGCACAAUUGCUAUAAGUGGUGGUGAUGCUCGGAGACCAUUUUUAGCGUCACGUAGGAUCAGAUUACGGGUGACUUCUAGUGGGACAGUACCUACUGCUAAGGAAGCCUUUCUGAAGAAAAAAGUGAACAAGUUUGAGACGGAUGAUCUAAAAUGGACCGAGAGGGUUCAAAGUGUCUUGUUUACAGACCAACAAAGGAUGAGUCUUAAAUAUUUAUAAACCCUUAUAAAUUGUAUUAUAAAUAACCACUUAUAAUUUAAGAAACUUAAACACUUUAUAAGCUCUUAUACAUUUAUAAACCCUUAUAAACUAUACAAA